CGCAGGGCAAUGGGCGGCAGUGCGCAGGCGCGCACCUGCUGCGGUGGAUGGGGCCCCGGGCCUGUCCCUCACUUGCUCCUUCCUUCCUUCCCGCCACCCCUCCACCGCCUUCCCCCUCCUCCCUCCUCCCGCCACCUCUAGGCCCCGCCCUGGUCCUGCCGCUCCAUCUCCUCCCUGCAGUCGCUCCGGAGCUGCACGGGUGUUCUGCGUGUUGCUGCGUCAUCGCCAGUGGCCGGUUUGAAUGAGACUCGUCGCACCGAAGCCGCCGCCACCACCGCGCCUCCGCCUCGCCCGCCGCCGCAGCUGCUUCUGGUCCCUGUCCCUUUGCCGCCCUUGUCAGGCCCAGCUCUCCUGCGCCGCCGCCUCCCGCCGCGCGCCGCCAUGCCGCUCUACUCCGUUACUGUAAAAUGGGGAAAGGAGAAAUUUGAAGGUGUAGAAUUGAAUACAGAUGAACCUCCAAUGGUAUUCAAGGCUCAGCUGUUUGCGUUGACUGGAGUCCAGCCUGCCAGACAGAAAGUUAUGGUGAAAGGAGGAACGCUAAAGGAUGAUGAUUGGGGAAACAUCAAAAUAAAAAAUGGAAUGACUCUACUAAUGAUGGGGUCAGCAGAUGCUCUUCCAGAAGAACCCUCAGCCAAAACUGUCUUCGUAGAAGACAUGACAGAAGAACAGUUAGCAUCUGCUAUGGAGUUACCAUGUGGAUUGACAAACCUUGGUAACACUUGUUACAUGAAUGCCACGGUUCAGUGUAUUCGUUCUGUGCCUGAACUCAAAGAUGCCCUUAAAAGGUAUGCAGGUGCCUUGAGAGCUUCAGGGGAAAUGGCUUCAGCGCAGUAUAUUACUGCAGCCCUUAGAGAUUUGUUUGAUUCCAUGGAUAAAACUUCUUCCAGUAUUCCACCUAUUAUUCUACUGCAGUUUUUGCACAUGGCUUUCCCACAGUUUGCCGAGAAGGGUGAACAAGGACAGUAUCUUCAACAGGAUGCUAAUGAAUGUUGGAUACAAAUGAUGCGAGUAUUGCAACAGAAAUUGGAAGCCAUAGAGGAUGAUUCUGUUAAAGAGACAGACUCUUCAUCUGCAUCGGCAGUGACACCUUCUAAAAAGAAAAGUUUAAUUGAUCAGUUCUUCGGUGUUGAGUUUGAAACUACCAUGAAAUGUACAGAAUCUGAAGAAGAGGAAGUCACCAAAGGAAAGGAAAACCAACUUCAGCUUAGCUGUUUUAUCAAUCAGGAAGUCAAGUAUCUUUUUACAGGACUUAAAUUGCGACUUCAGGAAGAAAUCACCAAACAGUCUCCAACGUUGCAAAGAAAUGCCUUGUAUAUCAAAUCUUCCAAGAUCAGCCGGCUACCUGCUUACUUGACCAUUCAGAUGGUUCGAUUUUUUUAUAAAGAGAAGGAAUCUGUGAAUGCCAAAGUUCUUAAGGAUGUUAAAUUUCCUCUUAUGUUGGAUAUGUAUGAGCUGUGUACACCAGAACUUCAGGAGAAAAUGGUGUCUUUUCGAUCCAAAUUCAAGGAUCUAGAAGAUAAAAAAGUGAAUCAGCAGCCAAAUACAAGUGACAAAAAGAGUAGUCCCCAGAAAGAAAUUAAGUAUGAACCCUUUUCUUUUGCUGAUGAUAUUGGCUCCAAUAAUUGUGGAUACUAUGACUUACAAGCAGUACUAACACACCAGGGAAGGUCUAGUUCUUCAGGUCAUUAUGUAUCGUGGGUGAAAAGGAAACAAGAUGAAUGGAUUAAGUUUGAUGAUGACAAAGUCAGCAUCGUAACACCAGAAGAUAUCUUACGGCUUUCUGGUGGUGGAGACUGGCAUAUCGCUUACGUUCUACUCUAUGGGCCUCGCAGAGUUGAAAUAAUGGAAGAGGAGAGUGAAUAGUAAUCUUCAUUUUAGCUAUUUAUGCUUAGAUGUGAAAAUAAAUGUUAUUUGUUGAUCAUUUCUAUAAUCCAGAGCUUUAGAGGAAGACACAUAGGUGGUUUUAUGUUUCACCUCAUUUGGAACAAAAGAGGACAGAAGCAGACCACUCUGUGCACCAACCUAAAAAAUUACAGAGAAAAUUAUCUUUGGAUUGUGCUGCCCUAUAUAAAGGUGGCAGAAAGACAUUUUUUAAAAGCUUAUUAUUUCUUGCAUUAUUUUAAAAAGUUCAGAGUUGAAAUGCCUUUCAACCAUUUCCUUCUGUGGUUAUUUUUCUUGCUGCCUUUUUCACCCAAGAUUCAGCAAUCAGAUGUUUAUUGCACACCUAUUACCUAUUAUUUGUUGUUCUUGCAUGGUUCAAACCAUCAUUCUGUAGCCACCCAUCCUUGCCUUAUCUAACAAACAUUUUUCCAGGAAGGUGGAAAAGGAAGUGUUGAUCUUCUUGUGUGACUCAGUGCUGCUGUCCAUCCCAUGGAAACAUGGGCACAAUCAAGUAUUUGUACAGCCUAUUGCAGGCUUUUCCUGACUUUAAAAUAAAUUAUGAUCAAUAAUAGUACAUUUGAUUAUACAUUUAUUAUUGUGUCUCUCUCUGAUGUACUGUGGAUUGUACAUUUAACUUUGGAAUGGCUUUGUAAUAAUCAGUCUUAAGAAAAUGUUGACAAGCUCUGGUUGCUUAUUUUUAGAAAAUGAGGACAUUUAAUAAUAAUAAAAAAAAGAGGGAUUAAUAGCUUUUGACCUCAAGUCUUUUGUCUUCUGAGUGUUGGAGCUUGGCUGAAGAUAUGUUUAAUACUGUACAAUUUCUGAAGAUGGUUAUUAACACUGUGCUGUUAAGCAUCCAUUUAAAAAUAUUUGUUAUCUUCUUUGCCUGCCUGUAUUUUAAAAAGAAAUACAAAGUUGUAAAAGUAAUGGAUUUCUUUGGAUGCUGAAUGCAGUGAUGUUAUCAGUCA